AUUUCCAUUCUUUCUUGCUUUAUCGAUAUAACCAAACGACGCUAUGCGAUAGUUUGCUUAGAAAUCAUAGGAAUCUAGUAUUAGUUCAUUUAAUUUAGGAGUCUAUUGGUACAUGAACUUCAAUACAACCAUUAGUAAUUGAUAUAAGAGUAUUUGAAACACUGCAUGUACUAUAUAUAUAUAUAUAUUCUAACCCUUUUGUCUCUCUACAACUCUUUCUCUCUGUACUGAAAUUUGAACCUGAUCUUCAAGAGUUUGGCUAUUAGAGAAUUUUCAGCGAAUCAGAGACUUCUUUCUGGAAGUGAGACCUGAUGAUAUGGAGAAGUAUGUGAUAUCGAAUAAUAGUGUUGUACAUGGAAGCUUUGGGCGGGUUUAUACAGGCUACAACCGUGAGACCAAUGAACCCGUUGCUUUCAAAGAUAUUCGUUUUUUUGAUCACGUAGAAAGUGUCCCGAGUUCAGUAAUCAGACAUCUUUCUUUGUGGAGAGAGAUGGAGCAUAGCAAUAUUAUCAGGUUAUUAGAUAUAUUGAACGUUGUACAGCACGGAACGAUUAGAGUGCGUCUUGUUUUUGACUAUUUGGAUAUAAAUCUGAAGAAGUUCAUGGAUACUCAUUCAGAGACUGCCAAGAAUCCACACGUGAUAAAAAGGUUUCUGCAUCAGAUACUAAGCGCUCUCGCUUACUGUCAUUCUCACAAUAUUCUACACCAAAAUCUGAAGCCACAGUAUUUGUUCAUAGAUAGCAGUAAACGCAUCCUGAAGCUUGCAUUUCGCCUUUUUCCCACAGAGUUUCAAUCAGCCGGAGUAGUUGCUGUUCCUUCUAAUCCUCAAGGGUUUGAGGUAGGACCAGGUGUAUUAUGGUACCAUCCACUUGAAGUCUUACUUGGUAACUCCGAAAAAAACUCCAAUCCAGCUGCUGAUGUAUGGUCUGCUGGUUGCAUAUUUGCUGAGAUGUUGCACCCUCUACUUGAUGAUUCACACGAAAUCGAACUAGCAGAAAUCAAUAAUAAUUACACCUUGCUUCCAGAAGACGUUGGAACGCUGGACGAGCCAAAUGACAUCUCUCUUGCUAUUAUUUUAUUAAGUGGAAUUUUUCAUGACGAGAACAAUCCUAAGAAUCUGACAGACGCAGUCCCCAAUCUUGAAUCAGCUGGACUCGAUCUUCUUUCUAAAAUGCUCUGCACGGUUCCAGAACAAAGAAUUACAGCAUGCGAUGCACUGAAGCACCCGUACUUCGAUGAUGUGGUCUCAUCACCUAUAGGCUACAACUUUCUGUCUGUCUUUCUCUCUGAAGUAGUUCUUCAUCAGCUACAGAAUCUUCUAACUUGAUCACUACUUGUAAAUGGAUGAUUACUUUGGUUUGUUUUCUAUUCAUCUUCAGUGCAUCUUUUGUUUGUUUUCUAUUCAAAUUUAUGAGCAAAUUUUGAGGAAGUUAUCUA